AGGUUAGUUCGCAUUGUCUCUUUCGCUCCUGUACAAUUAGAGCUAGUCAGUGCAUUAAAUGGCUUCAACGCGAGCGCAUGUGUUUCAUUUCUAACAGUGGCGACGUCCGGAUUUAUUUUAAAGUGCUCACGCGAUAUUGAUGAACAUAAUGAAUUCGACGAUCGGGAAUUUACCUGUUUUUGAAGUCGGCAGCGACUGGAAGGUGUUUAAGGAAAGAUUAAGCAUCUGGCUCAGUGCGAACUCGAUAAUUAAAACAGAAACGGGGGGUGAUCGUCGACGCGCCGUGUUGCUAAGUGCAUUCGACGAGUCCGCGUAUAAACUGGUGCGCGAACUAAAUUCACCGAAGACGCUUGAAGAGCUGUCGUAUGAAGAAAUUGUGGCAGAGGUGGACAAACAUUUACUGCCGAAAAAGUCGCUUUUUGCAGAAAGACAUCAUUUCCACAGGGCCAACCAAAAAGAGGACGAAGAUUUAACACAGUGGGCUGCAAGAGUUCGUCAGUUAGCAUCUGAUUGCAAGUUUGGUUCGGUAUUGGAUGACAUGCUGCGCGAUCGGUUCGUAUUAGGUAUGCGGGCGGGGCCCGUGCGAGACCGGUUGUUCACAGAAGAUGCCGAUACCCUCACGCUAGCACGAGCGCUCGAAAUCGCCGUGUCAUUGCACAGCGCUAGGGCUGCCUCGCGCCAGUCGGCCGCCCCUAGCAACAGCAAUCAGCAGACGGAGUCAGUCGAGGUUUUUAAAGUAUCAAGAAGUUCGUCGUCUAAGAGUGGUGUGGAAUGUGAAGUGUGCGGAUACAGUAAUCAUACGGUCGAUAAGUGUCGGUUCAAAGGUUACAAGUGCAAAAGCUGUGGCAAUAAAGGUCACCUAAAACGUAUGUGUAAGAGUAGAAAACGCGUAAAUAUGCUGCAUUCUAUCGACGAGAGUAACGAUGAUGAUGUAUUUGCAGGCUAAAUAUUAUAAGGGACACCGAAAUGUAGAUUUUGAGAUAAAUGAACAUGUACUUACAAAAACAGUUAAUAAUAAUAAGUGGUUAAAAGGUAUUGUUAAAAAUAAAUUAGGCAGAAGUUUAUACGAAAUAUACUUACCGGAAAUCGACCAACGUAUAAAAAAACAUAAGAACCAAAUAUAUAAAUACAAAGGUUACACCACCGAAACAUCGAACAAUCGACAGAACGAAUAUACAGAGGACAGAGAUUCCAAUUGGGCGAUGUUGCCUUUUCCUUCGGAACAGGAAUUAGGAGGGGAGGAGGAAGAGGAGUGGGUGGAAGCCGACUCAGAUCCAGCAGAAGAGACCGCGGCCGGCCAAGGGGGCCAACAUGAGCCAACGACUUCGCGAAUGCUUCGCGGUUCAGACGCGGGCCACGGACACGCAUCGUCGUCGUUGGCCACGUCUGACGCUCCGUCGGCGCCACCAUCACCAGCUGUCCCUAUCGGGCCGGCACAACCGCCCACAGCGAACGUUCCACGAGCGCAACAAGCGUCGACGUCUACGCGGCCGCCAGAGGGCGCUGUCGCCGCGGCGCCAGCGGGCAGUGAGAGCGUUCGGAACGCUCGACUUAGGAAUAUACCUAGAAUUAACUAUAAGUAGUAUUAAGGAUUUAUGGUGGAGGGAUGUUAGGUUAGUUCGCAUUGUCUCUUUCGCUCCUGUACAAUUAGAGCUAGUCAGUGCAUUAAAUGGCUUCAACGCGAG